AUGAAAUUUGAUAUUCAAUAUAGAUUAUUUAGUAUAUUUGAUGAUAAUGAUUAUUUGAAAGAAACUAUAGACAGGUUGAAACAUGAUAACAUAAUGUUGAAUGUGGAACUAUCCUUGAUGAAACUCUGUCUUGAUGCUCCUGAUUCUGAAGUUCCUCCACUUGCCCAAUAUCCGAAUUUUGAAAAACUAAAAUCUGAUUUGGAAGAUAUAAAAGUAGAUAAGGCAAGACUUGAGGGGGAACUUGACAAAUCCAGGACAGGCAAACAACCUGUAGAAUACAGAGUUCCAGAUUGGAUCACCAAAGCUCAAACCAAAAGAGCAGAAGGUUUGAGUUUCAAAAAGAAGUUCCAAAAGGAAAAGAAGUAUGUUAACCUGCCUAGUAGUAUUGUUUGUUAUUUCUGUGGCAAUACUAGACACAAACAGAUUCCAGUGAGGGGGAACAAUACAUGGUACCUCGUCAGUGGUUGUUCUAAGCACAUGACUGGAGACAAAUAUAGAUUUCUCUCACUAGAUGCCUACUAUGGGGGAACUGUGACCUUUGGUGAUAACAUGACAGGAGGUAUAGUUGCUAUUGGCAAAGUAAGAAGGUCAAGUUCCCAUGCUAUUGAUAAUGUAUUUUUGGUCGAGGGCCUCAAACACAACUUGUUAAAUAUUUCACAAUUUUGUGACAAAGAAGGAACUCGUAAAGGGAACACAUAUGUUGUUGAUCUUAAUGAAGUUCCUAAUAGAAUUUUAACAUGUCUUAGUGUCAUUGAGAAUGAUCCUCUAUUAUGGCACAAGAGAUUUAGGCAUGCAAGUUUUACUUUACUUGAUAAAUUGAGAUCUAAGGAACUAGUAGAAGGACAUCCUUGCAUUAAGUUCUUGUAUGACAAAAAAGAACAGAGAAGAACAGGCAAUCCACUGAUUCAACUCAGAUCAGAUCAUGGAACUGAAUUUGAAAAUUCAAAAUUUGAUGAAUUCUGCACUGAGCAUGGAAUGGAUCACAACUUCUUUGCCCCAAGGACACCACAACAAAAUGGAGUGGUGGAACGCAAGAACAGAUGCCUUGAAGACAUGGCUAGAACAAUGCUGAUCUCAAGUGGUUUGCCUAGGAACUUCUGGGCAGAAGAAGUGAAUACAACAUGCUAUAUUCUUAAUAGAGUAUCAGUUAGAGCCAUCACAAACAAAACUCCUUAUGAGCUAAUCAAAGGGAGAAAGCCUAAUAUUUCUUACUUUAGAUCUUUUGGUUGUAAAUGCUUUGUUCAUAACAAUGGUAAAAGGAACUUGGGAAAGUUUGAUGAACGUAGUGAUGAGGCAGUAUUCUUAGGAUAUGCGUCUGAUAGUAAAGCAUAUAAAGUUUAUAAUAUAAGGACAAUGUGUGUUGAGGAAUCUGUACAUAUUAUAUUUGAUGAAAUUGAACAAUUAAAUGAUGUACAGGAUUGUGAUGAUGAUUUUGAAAUUAGACUUGUACGCAAGACAAAUCCAGAUGAAAAAUCAACAUCAUUGCAGAAGCGACAAGUUGAAAUUGCUAAGCAAAUGAAUCCAGAAGCAAAUGAAGAACUAGAAAUGCCGAAUGCACCAGGAACUCCUCCUCAAGAACAGAAUCAAGAUCAGAAUGAGGAAAAUCCUGUUAAAGUUCCAAAUGAGACUCAAGAAAAAGUUCCUAAAGAAGAACCAGUCAACAAUGAUCAGGAAAGAUUGAAUAAAGCAAGACUUGUUGUACAAGGUUUCAUUCAACAAGAAGGGAUAGACUAUGAAGAAACAUUUUCUCCAAUAGCCAGGUUAGAGGUUAUUCGUUUACUUAUCGCAUUUGCUGCUUAUAUGGGAUUCACGUUGUUCCAGAUGGAUGUUAAAUGUGCAUUUCUGAAUGGAUUUCUAAAUGAAGAGGUCUAUGUGGAACAACCUCCUGGAUUUGAAAGUCAGGAGUUCCUUAACCAUGUCAUUUGGUUAAUAGAAAAAGCACUUAAGGUACUCUGGAUAAAGCAACAGGUUAGAGAUUUUGGUCUUAUUCUUGAAUGUGUGCCUAUUUACUGUGAUAACACAAGUGUUAUAUGUAUUUCUAAGGAUCCAGUUCAACACUCUAAGUUCCAAGAUAUGGAAAAGUCGAAAAUAAUGGAAAUAGAGCAAAAAGAGCAUUUAGCACAAUCUUGGUGUGCUAAACAUAGCUGA